UACGGUAGACCUGUUGCUAUGGACACUAAAAAGACAUCAACUGAAACUCGUGAGUUUCUCGUAGAAAUGAAGUUGCUUACACCGCGGUGAUUUUGCUACAGAACACUUUCAGAAUGAAAGCGGUUCACAUCCAGCACUUAAGCUCUCUGCUUUGCAAAAACAAAGUCCUUGUAAAGGAGGAGAAGCCAAGACGGGUGACUCCAUCAGUUUUUACGCAGGAAAUGCUGCAGUCCACAGAGGAGCGCCUGAGUAACACUACAGAGGUUUACCUGCCCCUCAGGCUCGAGACUCAAGAAAGUAAUACCCUGCAUCACAAGCUGUCUACGAUAAAGCCAGACCAGCCAAUUUUCCAGCCUUACCCAUCAGAGCUGGUCUUCCAGAACUUCAUUCCCUCACAGACCUACAGUUUGCCUCUGCUGCUUUUCAACAAUGACAAGGUUGCACACGCUGUAAAGUUGGAGCAGGAUGUUUCAGAACACUUUUAUGUGGUGGGUCCAGAAAAUGGAAGCAGCAAAGUAGCACCAGGAAUGACUACCAGCUUUAUGAUAUUCUUCACACCGCAUGAGAGCAAGGACUACAAUCACAGACUGGUUUGUGUGACACCAAGAGACCGUUUUGAGAUUCCUAUUCGUGCCAUCGGGCCACGCGCCAUUCUUGACUUUCGAGAUGAGAUUCGUUUACCUCCUUGUCUAGUGAAGGCAUCCACAGAGAAAACCCACUUUGUUUGCAACAUAGGCAACUGUAAGGCCAUCUUCAAGUUGCACACGCGAAGUCCUUUCUCAGUGAUGCCCUCCUCUGGUACCCUCGAUGUUGGAGAGGGCUUCCAGGUGACCGUGGUUUUUCACCCCAUGACUGUUGGAAGCUUUCAAGAAGACCUACUUCUGCACUACGACACUGGUGAAGUUGUGCACAUCAGUUUGUUUGGGACUUCUGAGGAACUGGACAUCUGUCUUGAACCUGAGCAUGUAAAGCUGAAGAAGACUUAUAUCUCCCUGACCAGCUCUGAAACAGUAUCCCUCACCAAUCGGAGUGAUAUUCCUCUUCAGUACCGAUGGACAGUGUGGCCAAGUCAGGCUAAGGACGACCCGUACUUAUCAAGGGAGAACUCAGUGCAUCAGCAGAGGGAGGAGAAGAAGGAGGAAAAUAUGUGUCGACCCAUUCAAUGUGAGUCUGACCCCACAACGAUCCAUCACCUCCCGCUGCUGUCCCGAGGCCUGGAGCGCAAAAGCCAAGCAGCAGAUGACUGCCUCCCUACCCUCUCUCUCAGCGGCAUAACACUAGAGCCAGCGGAGGGGGAGAUUUGGCCUAACACUACAGCAAACUUCAUCAUUGUUUUCCAGCCAGAGGAGGCAAAAGUUUACCAACACACCAUUUACUGUGAUGUCACAGGCAGUGAAUCAACAUUACCUCUUCAGAUCAAAGGUGAAGGCCUUGGACCGAAACUGAAGCUCAGCUAUAACCUAAUGGACAUGAAAAAUGUGUUUAUAGGUGACAAAGACCAUUAUGAGGUGCAGAUGACAAACAAAGGGCUGAUUGAUGCCCCUUUCAGGUUUUCUCGCCCUGACACCACAUUUGGCCGGUGUUUUUCCAUUAAUCCCGAGGAAGGUGUUGUUCCUCCUGGGAUCUGCCAGACUGUAGGAGUCACCUUUCACAGUCGGAUCUUGGGAAGUUUUUCUGAGGAUUUGCAAUUAGCUGUCACAGGCCGGCCUCAGCCUCUUACCUUGACCUUCAGGGGUUGUGUGAUUGGGCCCACAUUCCACUUUAAUGUCUAUGAGCUAAAUUUUGGAGAUGUCGCAUUUGGUUUUCCAACAACACAGACAUGUACUCUCUACAACACAUCUUUUGUUCCUAUGGUCUUUGCUUUACAUGUCAUGGGUGACGGGUUGGGAUCUCCCAGCGUUAGUAGUAGCGAACAGGUGUCUGAUUUGUCCCCGAAGAUCUGGCAGGGGUGUGCAUCUAGAGACCCUCACCUGCGACCGGCGGAGUUCAAGGUCCAUCCAGAAGCUGGCACUGUGGACGCCAUGUCUAAUGUCACCAUUAAGGUGACUCUGUGCUCCAACACAGUGAAGAAAUACGAACUGGCGCUGGCGGUGGAUGUUGAAGGCGUCGGAGAGGAAGUCAUGAUUUUACCUCUCAAUGCCAGGUGUGUUGUCCCUGAGAUUGUGGUCGAGUCUGCAGUUUUGGACUUCCAAAGAUGUUACCUGGAUCUUCCCUAUGAACAGAAUGUGCGGCUGAUCAACUCCACCAAUCUUCCUGCCUGUUACGGUGUGCUUGAUCAGGAAAUUGAGGAAAGCACAACAGUACUUUUUGGCAGCUCUGUACCCAGAGGAGUUGUUCCUCCUGGUAGUUCAAAGGAGAUUCCUGUGUUCAUGGCGGCCCGUGCUGUAGGAAGGAUCCAGGACUCUCUACGUAUCGCUGUGUUUGGCAGCCUUCAGCAGCCUCUGAAAGUCGUUCUGUCAUGCAUUGGAGAGGGACCCGUUGUUUAUGUUCCCGUCACACAGCUGAAGUUUGGCAGGAUUCCUGUUCUGAUGGAUGUUACUCGAACGCUGCCACUGCUCAACCAAUCUCCCAUUCCUGCCUACUUCAACACCUAUAUGAUCCAUGAACAGUCCUUCUGGCGUGUUGAACCCAGUGAAGGAGUGGUGCCACCGGAGAGCCAGCUGGAGCUAAAGAUAGUAGCACAUCUGAAGGACACACUCCGCUUUCUGGACAAGCUGGAAGUAUCUGUACGGGACAGUCGGACACAUACUGUCUCCCUUUCAGCCACAGGAACUGGGACAACAAUUGUCAGUGACAAACCUUUUGGGCCGAAUCUUGACCUGGGCACACACUUCUACCAUGUCUCGUACCAGUACCCAUUCAAGCUGACCAACCAUGGUCUGCGACAUCAUCGGAUGUUCUGGAAGAUUGGUGGCUACCUGGCUUCUCCAAAACAUGUGAACUUCUCCGGUAGAACCGCGCUACCUCCAAUCAGCUCUUCUGGACAGAGAGACAAGCUGAGACGUAGAUCUUUACCUUCCUCCAACAGAGAAAAGGCUGUUUUCAGUUUAAGUCCCGCUUGUGUGGACCUUUCUCCUGGCUGUUCCGUGGACAUGGUCCUCACAGCAUCCUCGGAUUCCCCCAAGAUUGUUCAUGAGCAUCUGGUGUGUGACAGCAUCAUUGGUGGCCACGGUUGUCAGGAGACCAUCAUGUCUGUGGAAGUAAAGUGUCGUUUUGUCGCUCCAGUGCUCAGUAUUUCCUCAAAGCAGCUCAACUUUUACGUAACAAAGGUUCAGGGGAACAGCCUGCUGCCUGUUUACGAGAAGCUGGUCUUGCACAAUGUGUCCGCUUUGCCUCUGUCCAUGGAACUCAUUCUCCCAGAGCCUUUUUCUCUGAGUGAGACCCCAGGAGACCCCAGCUCAACUACAACUAAGUUCUAUGUUUUAGAGAACAACAGGCAGUUUGAGUUCUGGGUUUGCUUUGAUCCAUCUUUCUGUAAGGACUUUGCACCACGUAUUUUGGAUGAGACACUUAAAAUAAAUUGCUUGGAACACCCACAGCAAGAUACUGUGAAUUUGCAUGCUGAGGUCCACUUUCCGAAUCUUCAGUUUUCUUCAACCACACUGGAUUUUGGUUGUGUGCAAAACUGCACGGAGACAAAGAAAACGAUAACAAUCACCAAUUGCUCUCCGCUGCCUUUGUCCUACCGCUGGGCUUUUCUAGAGGACCAAAAACUCACUCAAUUAAGAGAGACAGAAACUAUAAAGAUGAAGCCAGAUCAGUAUCCAGAGAUUCAGGCUGAAGCUUCUUUAUUCGAUGACUGCCCCGGGCGUAAAGCAGAUGAUCAGAGCAGCACACAGUGCCAAGUGCAUGUGGAAGAGGUUUUUGAUAUCUUACCGAUGUAUGGUGCUUUGCAACCUCAAGACCAGCAGCUCGUCACUUUCUCUUUCUUCGGUCAUGAAAACGUCUGCACAGAGGUGGUGGCUCAGUGCUCUGUUGAAGAUGGACCAACAUAUGACGUCCAACUCAGAGGAGAAGCUUCAGCAAUCUCCUACAGUCUUGAAUCCACUCAUCUUGACUUUGGCUCUCAGCUUUUCCAAUGCGUUGGUGAAGUUGAAAUGUGUGUUAGGAAUACUGGGAAAGUGGGCUUUGAGUUCAGCAUCAUAAACCUACCAAGUGGAGAGGGGGACGAAGGGGUUGAUAAAGGGGAAGGAGCACUGAUUGUGGCAGUUAAUGAGGACAGAAGUACACAGCAACUCAAAGGAAACAGUGAACAACCGGAGACACUGAAGAUCAGACCUGGGUGGCCCAUCGUCAUUCCAGCUGUGGGUUACAUUGAUGCUGGUUGUGAGGAGCACCUUCGUGUACUUUACCUGCCUGGCAUCCCUGAAGAGUUUGAGAAGCAGUUUCAGCUACAAGUGGCUUUCUUACCACCACAGAAGAUCAUUUUGACCGGGGUGGGAGUGUUCCCAAGAAUACAACUGAAUUUACCACGAAACUUGUCAGAGGAAUGCUACAGAGACGUGGUGCAGCAGGCCCAAGCAGCUGUGAAAGCACAGCAAGCCAGACAGGAGCCUGAAGAUGGGAUCACAGUUGGUGGGGGGGUUAAAGAACAGGCUGACUGUGCGCCAACGUAUGAAGAGUUGAUCCACCUGGAAGUUGAGAGGCUGCUGGUGAAAGAUAAUGCCCUCCGUGUGGCUGAUAGGCUGCUGGAGCUUAGGGACUCACAUAGUCCUUUAUCACAGUGGCAGAGACUGAGCAAGUUCAAACUGCCAGAGUACGUGCUGGAUUUUGGCCUAGUGAUUCCAGGCAAAGUCUUCAGUCAGACAGUGAACGUCAUUAAUAACGGCCCAAUACCCGUGUCCUUCUAUGCCCACUGCAAACAUCUAACAGGCACAGGUUUUACAGCAGAAUUUGAUAGCGUGAAGAAUCUACCUUGUGGUGAAAUCCAGACUUUUACAAUUAAAUUUGAUUAUUACUCUUCCAAUGGAGAGACGGGGCAGACGAGCGUCAUCCUGCCAAUACAGCUCACAGAUGGUCCUGUGGUGCAGGUUCAGCUCUGUGCAGUCAUUACCAUGCCGACAAUCACUGUCUCACAAGACACGCUGCAGUUUGACACAGUGCAGUGUGGCAUGUGUCAGAUUCGGAUGAUACAGCUGCAAAACUGUGAAUCUGUGCCUUGUCAGUGGAGCAUGGCUGAAGAGGUGAAAUCUCUCAAAAAGGAGCAUCGGCCGACUCCUACGGUAUUUCAGAUGAUUCCCUGCUCUGGGGAGCUGUUGCCUGGGGAACGUGUGAACGUCCUCAUCAAGUUCAGUCCUGUCGAAGGGUGCUCAUACAGGAGACGCCUGGUGGUCCAUGUUUCAGACAGCACCCAGCAGGUCUUCAUUACAGCUCAGGGUCAGGCUGAAGACGCGCAGCUCGAGUUCUGCCCAUCUGUCCUGGAGCUUGGGCCCUGUCUUCCUUUUAGCUCAGAGUCUAAGGCUGAGGUCACGGUGAAAAACCUCUCGUCUUUCCCCAUCGAGUUUUACUCCCUGGAGUUUGACACACAGUACCUCAAGGAAGAAGAGAUCCUGCGGCUCAUAGAGGAAUAUGAUGAGAACAACAUACUGCUGCUUCCCCCAAGGGUCCCUGGAGAGGGUCUUCCUCUGGAGCUGCAGGAAUAUUGCCCUCAGCUACAAGAUGAUGAGCUGAAUGUAGGCAAGGUGGGAACUAAUUCAAACAAAGAUGGCACAGUAAAACACGAGGAGAAACCAAAACUAAAUGAUGGCCGAGAUGAGACGAGCUGCUUUAGUGUGAAACAAAGCGAAUUUUUUCUUUCAAAGUUGGCCAGAGAGGGAAUUAACGGGAGUCUAGGACAGUCAGAGAUGACCCCUGUCUCCAGAGCAAUCGCCCGCUACAUGGAAUUGGACCUUUCACCAGAGGGACUGACAACACAGAACCACAAAGGAAUUGCUAUCAUUGUGUAUGGGGCGCCUCAUACAGAUCAAAGCAGCAUGGCAGCAGCUCUGGCAUGUUACUAUGAGGCAGCGUGCUUGAGUAUUGAUGCUGUGGUCACAGAGGCGAUUCAAAAUGGAACGUCUCCAGCUAGCCUGUCAGCAAGAAAACUUUAUGAUGCUGCAGCUGCUGAUUAUGAAGAAAAAAAGGCUGCAGAAGCUGCCAAGGCCACUGAAGAAAAACUUAAAGCAAACCCUGAAGCACCUCAUGAAAGCUCAGAUCCUGAUUUAAUUCCCUCUUUCCUUGAUACUGUGGAUGUUCCUGCAGAGCAGAGCGAGACCUCUCCAGCUCACCAAAAGUCAGGAAAUACACCAAAAGAUAUAUGUGUGGGAGAAAACGUGCUGCAAUUAAGUUUUUUCCCACCUGAACAGCUGCUUAUUGAAAUCCUUGUAGAACGAUUUCAGUUAAACGACUGUCACCGUGGAAUAGUUAUCAACAGUCUAGAGUCUAUUUACACCCAGUGUGUACCAAGCACACUUCAAGUUGUGCUUAAGGCCUUCAAUAACCGCAAGCACAUCUAUGUGGUCAACUUAUUUGACACCUACGACGCCUUGAAGAAACGCGAAAGACAGCAGAGUGAAGCUGAGGAAGCGUUGCGAAAUCAGAUGGCUGAGAAGGAGGAGAGGUGGCUGUGGGAACUGGAUCAGGAGACGUUUGAUGCUUUGCCUGAUGGCAAUAAGGAGAGUAUUAUCCAGCGGCACUUGGAGGCAGUUCGUCAUAAGAAGCAGAGGGAGGUUGAGCAGAAGGCAAAGGAGGAGGAAGAAAGGAGGCAAUAUGAGAAUCAGAAGCUGAAAGAAAAAGAAUCAAAGAAAAAAAGGAAAAAAGAUGAAAAGUUGGAAACUUCGGAAGUCCCAAAGAUGAAAUCCUCGCUGGAACUAAAGCAGAACGUUGUGGAUGAACUACAGUGUGAGUUUGAAAACUAUGAGCAGAGUCAGGCUGUGGUGAACCAGGUCCUGCAGCAGUGGGACCGGGUCCAGGGCUUGCUCCUGGAGUCUCGUCCUACUGAGGAAAACAUUCCAGGUUCAGAUGAUACCAUGGCAGAGAAAAAAUUUUGCUCACAGUAAGAGGGUAGCACAGGAGACGGAAGGCCUUCAGAAAACCUAUGUGAUCAAACCUGGUUACUUUGAGUUUGGACCUUUACUUUGCAGCAAGACGAGAGAAAGAUACAAGAAAAACACAUAUCCAGAGAACUCUGAGAGGCUGGUAAUUCAUAACAACUCUGGUGUGGAGGCAGAGGUCCAGUUCAGUUUCCAGCAUGACACUCACGCCACAACUUAUCUGCUGGAUCCUCCCACAAUGACCCUCACACCCGGACAGAAAGAAGUGCUGACAGUCUGGGCGUUCCCAACAAUGCAGGGACAAAUAAAAGACAGCUUAGUUUGCCACAUCAAGGAGAAUCCCGAGCCUGUGGUCAUCCACUUCUCCUGCUGGGGCGUCCAGCCACAACUGGAGCUGGAGAACAAGAAUUUGAACUUUGGCAGGAUUCUGCUGCACAAGGGCGUCAGCCGAGGCAUAAUGAUGCAGAAUAAGUCCGCUUUGCCGCUGUCUUGGAUGCUGCAUGGUGUGGACGCCUUGGGUGAUGAGUUUAUGAUGCCACAAGAUCAAGGCGUCGUCCAGCCGAACUCUUCUUUCCUUCUCAGUGUGCACUUCAAGGCCAAAAGGCCAGUCCUAGUUAAGAAGCUCUUACGUUUUGAGGUAUACGAUGCGGAGAAAAUCAUAGGAAUUCUGCACACUGAAAACAUAACAGUUAAUGCUGAAGCCUAUGAUGUAGAUCUGAAGAUCGAACCAGCGGCUAAUUUGGACUUUGGAAUGAUCAGAGCUUUUGAUGAAGUCAAACAGCAUCUCAAACUGACAAACAAGGGAAAAUAUGACUUAGCCUUCAAAUUUACAUUUGAGCGUUCUGACCCAACACUUCCCAGCUUGGAGUCCAUGUUCAUAGUGUCUCCACAGAGUGGGACUCUGUUGCCCCGUGCGAAACCCACAGCCAUAGCGAUUGCCUGCUGCCCAGAUAAGGAAGUCUCAUUGAAAGAAGAACCCAUCCUAAGUUGCCAGGUGAUUGAACCCAGCAUUAAUGGAGGAGAAACAAUAGCCACCUUAGACAUCAAGAUUUCACUGGAGGCUGUUUUAUCCAGAUACAAGAUAACGCCUGCAUGCGACAUCGACUUUGGUCCGCUGGUUUAUGGCACAGACAAAACCCAGAGCUUCACAAUAGAAAACAUCGGACCCUUCCCAAUACAUUUCAUCCUCAGUCGCAUGAUAUCUGAACUCGGAAACCAAGCAUGGUCGGGAGGACGAGGUAAGGUGGCACCUAGAGAAAGUGUUUCAGCAAAGUCCACUGGUGCCACUCUCGAAGUAAGACAAGAUCCUCCUGUGAGAGAAUUCAAUACUCGGGAAGCUUGUCUAAACUUAGGCAUUUUCUCAGUGUCUCCCUGCACUGGAAACCUGCAGCCUGGGUCUCAGCAGCAGAUAAACGUGGUCUGCGUGGCUGAGCAGCUUGGGGCCUGGAACCAGGGCCUGUUAAUCGACAUUGGUGGCCGCGACCCCUCACUCCAGCCUGAAACAUACAGGCUGUUCGCUGAAGUCUGCAAACCGGGCAUUGUGGUCGACCCGGCCUCCAUCUUUGAAGAAUGUCAUUUGUGUCCAAACAAUAGCCAGCUCUCCUCUGAGCAGUUCAGCAAUGCUGAAGGAAUUUUUGUCCUGGAUGAGAAAAAAUUUAUCUUCAACAAUGUUCUGGUGGGGCGAUCUGCUCAAGCCCGCUUCAAACUUACCAAUAACAGCAAGGUCCCCUGCACACUCAACUUGGCCAUCAAAUAUGGAGGGACUAAGUCAUCCCGACAGCUGGAGGUUUUUGACUUGUCUGCUACAACAUUGAACAUAUCCAACCAGUCGCAUGCUUUUGCUGUGGUCACCUUCACACCACAAGCACUCCGGCAUUACAGUGCUGUGUUUGAGGCUACUAUAAAGGGGCUCUUGAGAUCUAAACAGGCGUUCAUGAACCAAGCCCUGGAGUUUCAGCUAACUGGAGAGGGUACUCUGCCCAGUGUCAGUGUUCUGCGUCCAGCUCAGGAAAACAACAAAGGAAACCCAGUGAUACGGUUCGGUCGGACUUUAGUGGGCCGCAGACACUCUUCACCUUUGGUGCUUCUCAAUGAUGGAAAUGUUGUAGCUGAGGUCCAGAUUGACAUUGUGGAUGAACAUGAUGUGUUUACAAUCAAAUCUACUGACAACACUGAGAACUCUGUUCACUUGGCACAGAUUCAUCAAAUCCCUGCACCAGAGGGCCAGUUGGUCCACAGAGCCACUGUGAGGCUUAACGUGAACGAACAGAAGCGGUUUGAGGUCAGCUUUUGCUCCAACAAAUCUGUGACUGUUGAGACGACAAUGACCGUGCAGGUGAAGGACAACCAGUACAGUAACACCACGAUACAUGUGAUGGGAGAGGCUUAUCAGGAAAUCGUGUCUCUUGAUAACAUCAGCAGGUCUUUGCAGGAUGGAGAAGAUGAAGUGGAAGGUAAUUAUGAGACACUUCAUUUUGGUGACUGCCAUAUAGAUUGUAUAUACCAGGAAAGCUUCACUCUGACCAACCACAGCAGCAGCCAAGUGGUGAGGUUUGAGUGGCCUCACGGUGGACUCAAUGUCACGUUUUCGCCACAGGUUGGGCACCUUCAUGCUGGUUGUUCUAAAGAGGUGACCGUCACGUUUUGUUCCAGUCAGCCGGUGACUCUGAAGCAGCAAAUAAGAUGUAAGAUUUGUCAGGUGGAGUUCAAGCAGCCAAUAGAGGAGGUGGCUGACUGGGAUGACCGUCAGAGAACAAUGAAAUGGCAAAAUGUUUUAAGCAUGGUUUCUGAAGAGUCUCAACCGCCUGAGAUGAAAAAGGUGAUGGAGACAGAUCCUGAGCCUCUCUGUUCUGUGAUUGAGGGCUCUCAAUGGGAGCUGGAUUUGGGAAUCAGAGCAGUUUGUGAUUACUCAAAGUUCAGCUGCAGCAUCGACACCAUCCAGUUUAAAGACACCAUGCUUUUGCAAACCAGGCUCCACCAACUGCAGAUCAUCAAUGUGGGCUGUGUGAAAGUGGAUUUCUCGUGGCAAGUCCAAAUGGAUUCAUGCAACAAGAUUACAAAUCCAGAACAAGAUGAGAGCUCGAGAUCUCGCCCUGGCAGCAGCUUAGCCAGGCCUUCCAGUGCUUGGAGCAGUGUGAUGUCACUCGUCACGGGAAACCCUGAAUCACCCCCGUUCAGCGUGGAGCCCAGAAUCGGAACCAUAAAUCCCGGUGUUACACAGAACUUCCGUGUUUGCUUUUCACCUGUGGAGGUAGCUCAGUUUCAUGGAAGACUACUCUGCAGUAUUCCAAACUUGCAGAACACCGACCAGGCACCUUGUAUCACUGUGUCUGGUCAAAGCCUGUUGCCUAGUGUCCAUUUUGAUUUGGAGGAAUCAGACUACAUCAGCAGGAACUGCCACAGCCCCAGGUUUAGCCAGCCUCUGGAUCCUAGCACUCGAGUUUUACAGUUCGAAGCCAUUGGCUUUUCAGCACCCAUAACAAGGUCUUUUAAUGUGGUGAAUCCGACCAGGAGGGCUUACUUUUUUAAAUGGAGGUGUGAAGACACAGCAGCCAGUCCUUUUUGUUGUCUAACAUCUUUUGGGACUAUUCUACCAGGAAAAAAAGUGGAAAUGUGUUUUGAAUAUGUCGCUGAACACCAGGAGACAGUGGAGUCACUAUGGAGCUUCUUGAUUGAGAAUCAGUCCCUUUCUUUUCCCUUCCUUUGCGUGGGGACUGCUAGGGAACCAUGUGUCUAUCUUGACAGACCUUACAUUGACUUUGGGGAAUUGAUUGUUGAACAUAAAGUGGAGCAGACGGUUUAUCUGGUGAAUGCAGAAGAGGAACCCUUCCACUUCUCCGUCCUGCCGUUGUCUCUUCUCUCUGAAGAUCAGCAGUCCAGCCUGAGUGUGAAGCCCAUGAAUGGCACAGUGAUGUCCAAAAACAGGUUACCGCUGUUGGUGUGCUUCACACCUUCCUUAAAAGGAUAUGUAAACUUCAGACUGAAUCUGAAAGUGAAGAAGAAGUCGGAACCACUUUUCCUGACCGUUAAGGCGGAUUGUUUAAUCGUGAGCGUUUUAGUUCAAAUUCAGGAGCGAGACGGGAGUCUCAGACAGAUCGUCCCAAACCACGAGGAUACACUUGACUUUGGAAAGAUGGGGAUUUCAGAACAAUGCACCUAUAAUUUCCUCAUCUCCAAUCUUUCAAGAUUCACCCUGGAAACAAGCUUUGAGUUGACAGGUGUCAGAGAGCAACUCCAACAGUUAGAGCUGAAACCUCAAACUGGUGCUGUCGAGGUUGGGAAGCAGCUCCAGGCAUCAGUGUGCUUUUCCCCUCAGACCAUUUGCAACCUUCAGGAUGUCAAACUAAUUGUCAAGGUGAAGCUCGGCCCAACCUUCACUCUUUCUAUUAAAGGCAAAGCUACAGCUCCCAGCCUCGACUUCUCCUUCACCAAUUUCCACUUUGGAAAAUGUUUCCUGUUCCGUCCGGGCAUGUUACCUUCGUCUCAAACUCUUCUCAUUCACAACAAAGACAGAAAGGAAGUCAGUGUCCAAUGCCAGUUCAAAAACACAGCAUUCCUGGAGGUGGACUUCCAACCAGUUAUUAUGAAGCCUGGUGCUGUAAUGGAGAUACCAAUUACCUUCUACCCUCAGAAGAUUUGCCGUUAUAAUCAAAAGCUCACCUUUGUGUUAAACGGCUGCGUCUCAAAGCAUGUGGAUAUAGAGGGACAAGGCAUUGAAAUGAAGCUGGAAGUGAUAGAGCCCAAACAAAAGAAAGUGAAGCUGGGAUCGGUAACGGUGGGUCAGAGGGUGAACACACAGGUGGUUUUAGUCAAUCACAGCCUCUUAGACCUUUCUUUCACUUUGACACUGAGCACAAAUACUCCACUGGAUCCAAAGGACCUGUCUGUCAGCCCAACAAGUGAGCUUAAGCUGAAAUCCUGUGGCGGCUCCUGUAAGGUGCAGGUUCAGUUCUCCCCUCAUCAGCACAUUCCUCCUUUUUCCGCUGAGCUGCAGGCAAAGUUCACAGACUUCUUGCACCCUCUGCUGACCAUCGAGGGCUGCUGCAAGGGCGUGGAAGUCCAUUUAGACAGCGACCAUCUGACUUUUGGAGCUGUGGUCCAGCACUGCCAGACCAGCAGGAAGAUUGUCAUGAUAAACACCGGUGACGCCGGUGCCAGAUUUCACUGGCAAACCAAUUUCCCUGCAGAGUUGUCUAUCAAACCAAUGACAGGAUAUACCAGCCCAGGCAAGGACGUUCCCUUUGAGGUGACCUUUGCCCCCGUGGAGCUCAGUAAUGACAUCAGAUACGAGAACCUGUCCUGCUUCAUCAAAGGCUCCUCACCUGUAAAACUGACGGUCACAGGCUCCUGCAUUCCACCCUCCACCAGCAAAGAGGUGGUGAGUUUUUCUUGCCGAGUGCGAAGCUUUCAAACUCAGAGCCUGUCCAUAACCAACCCCUCCAGUGAGAGCUGCACCAUCAGACCUGUCAUCAAGGGUGAGCAGUGGAGUGCUGCUCUCUUUCUGACCUUUGAACCCAACCAAACCAAGACAUUCGACAUCACGUAUAGACCACUGACCAUGACCCCCGAUGGAAGCAAACACCUGGGAUCAGUUUUUUUCUCCUUUCCUGCUGGGAGGGGAAUGUUUUUCAACCUGCAGGGAACAGCUUCUCCUCCUAAAGCAGAGGACACCAUCAUGCAUGAGCUGCCUGCCAAAACUGAACACUGUGAGGUUCUCCUGGUCAGCAACUGGCUCCCCAGGCAGCAGAGGUUCUGCGUCCUGCUAGAGAUAGUUAAAGCCGAGAAAAUCGACCCAACGGUGUUCCUCAAGGGACACGACUCCAUCGAGGUUCCCGCUUUGACCAAAAGAGACUAUAAGAUGUCUUUCUUUGCAUACAGAGAGGGGGAAUACAGCACCAAGGUGACCUUUCGUAAUGAGGUAACAGGUGAGUACUUGUUUUACCUCGUCAAUUUUAAAGUCAGGCCUCCAGGCAUCCUGUCCACCAUCGAGCUGGAGACGCCGGUUCGCCAAGUGACCUCAGCUGCUCUGCAUGUGGAGAACCCUCUGCCCACAGCUACCAGCUUCACCACAGAGUGUAAAUGUGGUGACGUCAAGGCUCCACCUCAGCACACUGUGCCGGGACAGUCCAAGGGCGUUCUGAGCCUCGAGUAUCUGCCUCUCCAUGUGGGCGAGUCCACCACACGGCUCACCCUGUUAAGUAAUGAUCUGGGCCAUUUUUACUACAAUCUGCUUCUCCGAGCUCUGCCCCCGCCGACAGAGGAGACGGUCCACUUCCAGGCCGCACUGGGCAACACCCACUCUGUCCCCAUUAAGUUCACAAACUACUCCCACCUUGUAACCAAGUAUUACUGUAAGACUGAUUGUCCUGAUUUUAUCACGGACAGAAGUGUUAGCGCUUCGGCCGGUUUUCCUUUAGGGUCAGAGGUGAAGCUGGAAGCUCGCUUCGAACCACAGCAGCUGGGGGAGGUGAGGGGACGGCUCACCCUGGCCUCAGAAAUUGGUGGGGAAUACAUUUUUCCUUUGCACGGUGUCUGCACCUUGCCGAGACCUCAGGGCCCGUUCAGCGUCACCGCAGGUGGCAGCGUCGCCAUCCCCUUCAAGAACGUGUUCCUGCAGGCCACAGCUUUCUCUUUUCAGGUUGACAACCCCUGCUUUACUGUCAAAGAGGUGGACAGCAUCCCCUCUAAAAAGACACAGAACAUCAUGGUGUCCUUUGAAGCUCCUCCAGGAGGAUCUCCUGGACCGUGGUUUGGAAAGCUGACAAUCUCCACUCAGCGCUUGGUGGGCCCCGGCAAGCCCUGUUCAUGGGUGUUUUACCUGAAGGGCCAGCGACCUCAGUCUUCUACAGGGACAUAAAAUAUUCUUAGAAGCAUAAAGAAAACACCCCAAUGGUUAAGCAGCUUUGUCUUUAUUAUUUAACCUAACCAAGGUUAUUUCUAGAUAUGUGUUGGGAUUUUAGACAGUUUUGAACCUGGAAUCUACAUGUCAAUGCCAAAAAUGUAAAACAGAUUUAUCUUGAUUUAAUAAACUUAAUUUAUUUUAUUGCAAAAUAUGUUCUUAUCAGUUGAAUAAACUGUGCAGAGAACCA